GGUCGAGAUGGAAGACGUUUCUGUGGUGGAUGUGCGCUUCUCGUCCGCGUCCUCCUCGUCCUCCACAGGCAGUGGCAGUGGAAAGGGCAGUGGGCGCGAGGGGAAGGGAGGAAGGAAGAGUGCGCGGCGAGGUGGCAGUGGACGCCGUACUGGGCCCGCAGAGUUGCUGCAGUCACUGGAGCGUGACCUGCAACGGCUGCGGAUGUACAACGAUAUUGAGGAUGAGGAUGAGGAUGAGGAUGGAGAUGUGGCAGUGAUUGGCAACGAGGUUGCCCUUGACAGUGACAGCCCACAGAAGAGACUCGGCGACUCUCAGUCUGCGCGACGUGCGCUUGGGUCUCGAGCAGUGCGCACAAGGCCAACAUCUACAGUGAUGAAGGGCGGUGCCUCCUACGACAGAACAGCAGCUGCGCCCUCCCGCAGGCGAACAGCACAACAUCGCACGCCACUCCACAGCGACAGCGACAGCGACAACGAGGGCGGGGAUGACCAGGGUCAGGCGCAGGCAGAGAGUCAGCGGCCUUGGUAUCGACGCCACGUUGCACGCAGGCUUUCAGAGGCACCCCAUCAGCACCCGUGGUACGAGGCUAUUCUCAGCGAGCUGUCCAUGGACGACACCGUGUCCAGCUCUGGCCGACAAUCACCCGGCGGCACCCCGCUUCCAGACCGCGAUUCUCUUGCGUAUCUGUACCGCAACCUGUACACGGACCGCCUUAACUACCGCAACCGCAAGCUGUCGUCGCUGGAGCCAUAUCACAAGCGCGACGCCAAGAAGACCUCGACAAGCAAGGCAGCAUCGGCAUCGAGGACAAAGGGGAAAAGCAAGCCACGCAGCGGCAAGGGCCAGACACGCACACGGAAGCGAACCACGGUGGAUGGCUCCAUCGUCGUGGAGGGCGAGACGGGCACGCACACUAUCAGCGCAGGGAAAGGUGCGGGUGGCGGUGGCCGUGCAGCGUCAUCGUCGGCCAUGACACACGCGGAGUGGAUCAAGCACAAGGAGCGGCAGCAGAAGAACGAGGCAGCAAAGCAACGCAAGAAGGAGGAGGAGCAGCUGGCGAAGGAGUUGGAGGAGAAGCGGCGGCAACAGGCGCUCAGGGACCGCGGGCACCAGGAGUAUGAGCGAUGGCUCAACAGGGACAAGCGCGCACGCAGGGCAAGGAAACGCCGGGAAGCAGCAAAGAAGAAGAAAGAGGAGCAACGACGCAAGGCGCGGCUCGAGGAACUCAUGCACGAAACGGAAGAGAACUACAAGGAAUGGCUCUACGACUAUCAUCUCAGGCGCCGCAAGGCAGACGCAGAAGAGCGGGAGAAGCGGCGGCGGCAGGCUGAGCUGCGGCGGGAGGCGAAACAGCGCGGCCAGGCCGCAUACGACAAGUGGAUCAGAGAGAUUGAGCUGCGGCCGCGGGCACUGCGCUUCGAGCAGCCCGUGGAGUGGCGAGGCGUGCUCGACGAUGGCGAUGACAGGAACCGCCCAGACGUCUUCUCCUAUCGAACACCAGAGGAGGCGACGGUAGGCGGGUGCGGGCCAUCCCCACCGCUCCUCUUCCGCGACGCGCAGCUGGCGGAGAUGUUUGCAGCAAAGCGGCGAUGACACGAGAGGGACCCACGACAUCACGCCCCUUUUCCACACACGCACAUAAUAUGCACACAUAUGCAUGCGCAUGCCGGUCUGUGAGGUGGGGGUUGCCUGAUGACUACUUUAUAUGUACAGACGAAGAAUUGGAACGAACCAAACACCAGCUGUGACAUGAAUGAAUGGGUGAAU